AUAAUGUUGCAUGCGGCAUAAAGAGGAGUUAUGAGCCAGAGUUCAUGUUCAUUAGUUAAUGAUUAUUUUUUUAAGAGCACCUUUGAAAAAGGAUCCGGCCACAGCAUGCUUUUGUCUUGACAAACAGGCACCAUGAAGCUGGGGCAGCGUCUCUCUGUUAGUGUCCUGUUGCUACUUUGCGUGACAUGGGGAGCAAAUGGAGGGAACAUUUUGGUCUGGUACACUGAAGGCAGCCACUGGAUCAACAUGAAGCCUGUGUUGGAGACGCUGAUCGACAGAGGACACCAGGUGACGGUUUUGCUGCCGAGCACAUCAAUGUUCAUGGACACCAGUGAGCCUUCUCGUUUUGGUUACGAACCCUUCAACGUAUCUGUCACAAUAGAGAGGAUAGAGGAGUUUUUUGAGGAGUACCUUCGCUUCUCCAUGUAUGAAAUGGAUCAUAUGAGCUACUUGCAGUUAUACAUAAGAUACAUGGAUCUGAUGAAGGUCGACCUGCAGUAUUCUUUGAAGUAUUUGGACGGCGUGCUUAAAUCAGAAACCGUCAUGAAGAAGCUGAAGGAGGGAAAAUAUGACCUUCUCCUGGCUGACCCCAUCUACCCUGGCAGUGACUUAUUAGCAGAGAUUUUGGGCAUCCCCCUGGUCUUCACCCUGCGCUUUUCCCUAGCCUAUAACUGGGAGAGACACUGUGGUCAGCUACCCGCUCCACCUUCCUUUGUCCCUGGCGCUAUGAGCAAACUGACUGACAAAAUGGACUUCUCAGAGAGAGUGUGGAACUUUCUCUUUUACACACUGCAGGACAUCGUGAUUGAUGAUGUUAUUUGGAAAGAAGUAGAUAAAUAUUACUCCGAAGUCAAAGGAACACCCACCAGUGCCUGUGAGAUGAUGGGUAGAGCAGACAUCUGGUUGAUACGAACCUACUGGGAUUUUGAAUUCCCUCGUCCUUUCCUACCUAACUUCAAAUUUGUUGGCGGGAUCCACUGCAGACCUGCUAAACCUUUACCAGAAGAUAUGGAGGAGUUUGUGCAGACUUCUGGAGACGCUGGCAUUGUGGUCUUUACUUUGGGAUCAUUCAUCAAGAACAUCACCACAGAGAAGGGAAACAUGAUAGCCUCAGCCCUCGCUCAGAUCCCACAAAAGGUGCUGUGGAGAUACAGUGGAGAAAAACCAGCAACUCUGGGUGCCAACACCAGAAUAUAUGACUGGAUCCCUCAGAAUGACCUACUGGGUCACCCCAAGACCAGAGCUUUCAUCACCCAUGGUGGCACAAAUGGGAUUUAUGAGGCCAUCUACCAUGGUGUUCCCAUGGUGGGCAUCCCCAUGUUUGCUGACCAGCCAGACAACAUGGUCCAUAUUAAGGCUAAGGGAGCUGGACUUAUAGUGGACUUGAACUUCAUGAAGACUGAGGACCUUAGAGAUGCAAUCAAUGCUGUCAUCAGUGAUAAAUCGUACAAGGACAAGGUCAUGCAGCUGUCCAGUAUCCACCAUGACAGACCAAUGAGUGCUCGAGAUGAGGCAGUAUUCUGGAUUGAGUACACCAUGAGAAACAAAGGGGCCAAGCACCUGAGGGUUCAGGCCCAUGAGCUCACCUGGUACCAGUAUCACAGCCUGGAUGUCCUGGCCUUCCUCCUCGCCAUUGUUCUGUUCAUCUUACUUCUCUUCAUCAAGACCUGCAGAUUCUGCUUCCGGAGGUGCUGUGGCAGAAAGGGAAAGACGAAGAGAAAGGCGGAGUAACUAACCGAAUAGAAAUGUAGUUGGAUACAAAAAGGAUGGGUGAAAAAACAACCUUGUUGUUCACUGGUUGUCCUGUUGAACUAAAUCAUGUAAUGUAACCACAAUGCCUUGGAUUGGAAGUUGUGGCUUGGGACCAGUAAUUGUCAAUACUUUGAAUAACUUAUUAGGGCAAAAAAUAGAAAUGACACCAAAAUCACUUUACAGUGUCCAGUAUUCUUGUGAAACUCCAAACAAUGUACAAUAUAUAAUGUGUUGUACUAUUUGUUUCACUGCCUU